AAACAACCCUCGGCUGACGUGGAGCUGCAGAUUGCCACCGACCAGCCAGAGAAACUGGAUCAACUGGAACGCAAUCGACUGGUGUCAGCGGAACAUCGUCCGCUCCGGAUUCCGUUCUGUGUUUUAAUCCAUUCAAUGGAUUCCGCCGGCGUCGUCUGAACUCCGGGACUAACCGACGGCCCCCGCGCUGAGACAGCCGACCGCUCCGGACGCAAAAUGGCGGCAUCGGACGAGGCCAGCAGACCUUUCGCCGGGCUGUCGGACGUCUCCAUCUCGGACGACAUCGCGGUGGAGGGCGACAUCUCCGUGCCCGUCGGGCCCUCCGCGCGGCGGGACGACGAGUUCUCCACGCUCGACGAGCCGGUGCGCGAGACCGUCCUGCGGGACCUGCGCGCGGUGGGGAAGAAGUUCGUCCACGUCCUGUACCCGAAGCGCAGCGCGGCUCUGCUGCGCGACUGGGACCUGUGGGGCCCGCUGCUGCUCUGCGUGACGCUCGCGCUGCUGCUGCAGGGCGGCGCGGCCGACAGCGACUACCAGGGCGGCCCGCAGUUCGCCGAGGUCUUCGUCAUCGUCUGGUUCGGCUCCAUCAUCAUCACCCUCAACUCCAAGCUGCUGGGGGGCACCAUCUCCUUCUUCCAGAGCCUGUGUGUGCUGGGCUACUGCAUCCUGCCCCUGACGGCGGCCAUGGCCGUGUGCCGGAUCGUCCUGGUGGCCGGCUCGGGGCCGGUCAGCUUCGCCGUGCGGCUGGCGGUGGUGACGGCGUCCUUCGGCUGGUCCACCUUCGCCUCCACGGCCUUCCUCGCCGACAGCCAGCCGGCCAACCGCAAGGCGCUGGUGGUGUACCCGGUGUUCCUCUUCUACUUCGUGAUCGGGUGGAUGGUCCUGACGUUCUCGCCGUCGCAGUAGAAGAGGACCAAAGAUGAGGGAGUUUUGUUUUUUUUUUUUGGGGGGGGGGAGGGGACUGAAAGAAUUCGGACAAACACCGGUUUCUGCCUUGGAACGAAGACGAAUGACUACUGAAGUGACUGAGCGUGUCUCCGGGCCUCUGAUGAGACUCAUGGGACACGACGAUACCGUCUCCUGCUCAGAUCCAGAGAAGUGCGGCGGACGCUGUGCUGAUGGCGUUAAAAAGCUGAUGAAUUUCUUCACAUUUACGAGCUUUGUAAAACCGAAGCCCAUCGGCUUGUAUAUAAAAACGCUCUAUGAAUGUUGAACAGGGCUGCAAACAUUAAUACUCUCUUCCUCCUGGUCUCUCUGGGUUGGUUGUAAACCUCAGUGUCUUCAUGACGCUCUUUAAUUAAACAUCCUCGGCACUCAUUCACACACUACGUUCUUCCUUUUUACUCAUUCAGAUCUAGUUCCCCUUCUACUCGUCUCUGUCCUCCAUGUUUCUUUUAGUAUUUUCAUUUUUUUUUUUUUUAGUAGACGGAUGACUGGUGUCCACAUGCUAAAAGUUCUUGCUCUGGACUCGAGACGGGUCUCGUCAAUGAGCCGACUCCUUCGUUAAGGGCAGGAUUCACUGACACUUUCAGCAGAUGAGCGUUUAGUCGUGUUUGAACUUCUCUGUGUGCAGAGGUGGGCGUGCUCACGUGUGUUGGUGGGGGGGUAAAGUCUUUACCACACGUGGGUGGGGGGGGGGGGUGAAUUCCAUACCGCACAUUGAAAUUAAUUUGGAUAGUUUAGAAGCGUUUCCGUCGGCCUCCUGUCUGUGCAUUGCAUUGUGGGAGAUUAGAAGAGAAAGUCAAGCCUCUCAGCUGCAGAAAACAAACCAGUGUUAGAAAAGUCACAUUUUACGGUUCCAGGAGAAGAUUUUGGACACAAAACACAUUCCUGUGUUUGGAACACAGCUGGUAAAUGUAGGGAAUGUCUGCAGCAGUUUGAGGAACGGUGGCUUCAUCAAACAAGGGAACACUUGGUUCUAGAAAUACACCAAUGAUGCAGAGAUUUUCUUUGUCUGUCUUCUCCUCGCGACCUCGGACCGUUCCCAUGUCGACCGCUAACCUGUUCUUUUACGCUCUCUCAAAUCAGUGGGGAGUUCUGUUAUGUUUUCUUUUAAUUUAUAUGUAUUAGGUCGCAUCAACAAAUGAAAAAGAUUAAACUAUUUCAUCCGC